AUGGCACACGCUGCAGCCCACAUUAAGAAGGCCAGGGUGGAGCUGGUGGAGCAGCAGGGUCCUGACCUGAAGGCUCUGGAGAAAGCCCGCCAGAGGAGGAUUCGCUCCCGGGAACGGGCAGAGCGCAAACGCAAGGUACGAGGGAUAGACAGUACGAUACCCAUCAUGCUUCGCCUUCAUCUGCCCAUCCUCAUAUCAACACCUCCCGAUCAUUACCUGUCGCGUAUUCGUGUACCUGCUCAUCCUGCCAUCAUCAUCCAGAUUCUGUUUGUUCUUCUCCAGUCGGACAGCAACACCAGCUUCUUGCGAGCGGCAAGGGCGGGGAACAUCGACAAGGUUCUGGAGUACCUAAAGGGGGGAGUGGACAUAGGUACCUGUAAUCAGAAUGGGCUCAACGCGUUGCACCUGGCAGCUAAGGAGGGCCACGUGGAGCUGGUCCAGGAGCUGCUGGAGAGAGGCUCAGCUGUGGACUCGGCCACCAAGAAAGGGAACACAGCCCUCCACAUUGCCUCUCUGGCCGGACAGGCCGAGGUGGUGAAGAUACUGGUGAAGCGCGGAGCAGAAAUCAACUCUCAGUCUCAGAAUGGCUUCACCCCUCUGUACAUGGCUGCUCAGGAGAACCAUAUGGACGUGGUGCGUUACCUACUGGAGAAUGGAGGUAACCAGAGCACCGCUACAGAGGAUGGCUUCACACCACUGGCCAUCGCGCUGCAGCAGGGCCACAACCAGGUGGUGUCCGUCCUGCUGGAGAACGACACCAAGGGUAAGGUGCGGCUGCCCGCCCUGCACAUCGCCGCCCGCAAGGACGACACCAAGUCUGCCGCGCUGCUCCUCCAGAAUGACCACAAUGCAGACGUCCAGUCCAAGAUGAUGGUCAAUAGGACUACGGAGAGUGGAUUCACGCCACUUCAUAUUGCUGCCCACUAUGGAAACGUGAAUGUGGCCACACUACUGCUAAAUCGUGGGGCGGCUGUGGACUUUACAGCUAGGAAUGGGAUCACGCCCCUCCACGUGGCCUCUAAGCGUGGCAACGCUAACAUGGUGCGCCUCCUACUGGACAGGGGGUCUCAGAUCGACGCUAAGACUAGAGACGGCCUCACACCUCUACACUGCGCGGCCAGGAGUGGACAUGACCCUGCAGUGGAGCUACUGCUGGAGAGAGGAGCACCCAUGCUGGCCAGGACCAAGAACGGCCUGUCUCCUCUCCACAUGUCAGCUCAAGGCGACCACGUUGAGUGUGUCAAGCACCUGCUGCAGCACAAGGCGCCUGUUGAUGAUGUCACACUGGACUACCUGACGGCGCUGCACGUCGCCGCCCACUGCGGUCACUACAGAGUCACCAAGCUGCUGCUGGACAAGAGGGCCAACCCCAACGCUCGAGCGCUGAAUGGCUUCACACCGCUUCACAUCGCCUGUAAGAAGAACAGAGUGAAGGUGAUGGAGCUGCUGGUCAAGUAUGGAGCUUUUAUCCAGGCCAUCACAGAGUCUGGCCUGACUCCCAUCCACGUAGCAGCCUUCAUGGGUCACCUCAACAUGGUGCUGCUGCUGCUGCAGAGCGGAGCCUCGCCUGACGUCUGCAACAUUCGGGGGGAGACGGCUCUACACAUGGCAGCCAGGGCAGGACAGGUGGAGGUGGUGCGCUGUCUGCUGAGGAACGGCGCCCUGGUGGACGCCAGAGCCAGGGAGGACCAGACUCCCCUCCACAUCGCGUCUCGCCUGGGGAAGACUGAGAUAGUCCAGCUGCUGCUGCAGCAUAUGGCCCACCCGGACGCGUCCACAACUAACGGAUACACACCCUUACACAUCUCAGCCAGGGAGGGACAGGUGGACGUGGCUUCAGUCCUGCUGGAGGCAGGCGCCUCACACUCGCUGGCUACCAAGAAAGGAUUCACUCCCCUGCAUGUGGCGUCCAAGUACGGAAGCCUGGAUGUGACCAAACUUCUCCUGCAGAAAAGAGCCCCUCCCGAUUCUGCUGGGAAGAAUGGCCUCACGCCCCUCCAUGUCGCAGCGCAUUACGAUAACCAGAAGGUGGCGCUCCUGCUUUUGGACAAAGGGGCCUCCCCCCACGCCACGGCCAAGAACGGCUACACUCCCCUUCACAUUGCGGCGAAAAAGAACCAGAUGGACAUAGCGGUGGUGCUGCUGCAGUACGGGGCCGAGACCAACAUCCUGACCAAGCAGGGGGUCACCCCCCUACACCUGGCCUCACAGGAGGGACACGCUGACAUGGCCGCCCUGCUCAUGGAGAAGGGGACUCAAGUCAACGUCCCCACCAAGAGUGGCCUCACCUCCCUCCAUCUGGCUGCCCAGGAGGACAAGGUGGCUGUGGGUGAGAUACUGGCGAAACAUGGAGCCAACCUGGACCAGCAAACUAAGUUGGGUUACACUCCUCUGAUCGUAGCGUGUCACUAUGGCAAUGCCAAGAUGGUCAACUUCCUCUUACAGAACGGUGCUAGUGUCAAUGCCAAAACCAAGAAUGGGUACACUCCCCUCCACCAAGCAGCACAGCAAGGAAACACACACAUCAUCAAUCUACUGCUGCAGAAUGGAGCUAAGCCUAACAACAUCACUGCGAAUGGUAACACAGCUCUGGCCAUCGCCCGGCGACUUGGCUACAUCUCGGUGGUAGACACACUCAAGGUUGUCACCGAGGAGAUCAUUACCUCGACGACCACGGUGACAGAGAAACACAAGUUGAACGUCCCUGAGACUAUGACUGAAGUCCUAGAUGUCUCUGAUGAGGAGGGUGACGACACGAUGACAGGGGACGGAGGGGAGUACUUGAGGGCAGAGGACCUGAGGGAACUGGGAGAUGACUCCUUGCCUGGACAGUACAUGGAUGGGAUGAACUACCUGCGCUUCAGUCUGGAGGGGGGACGCUCUGACAGUUUGGACAGGUCCUACACUCCCAGUCACCACGGUUACUACUCUCCAAAACACGAAAGCAUGAUAGAGGAGAUGCUCACCAGCCACAACGUGUCGUCUCUUGCCAGGGAAAAUGAAAAGGACUCGUAUCGUCUGAGCUGGGGCACAGAAAAUCUGGACAAUGUGGCACUGUCCUCCAGCCCGAUCCACUCUGGCCAUUCCUCUCCGUGCCAUGAUCAUGGCGACAGCAGCUUCCUGGUUAGCUUCAUGGUGGACGCCAGGGGCGGAGCCAUGCGGGGUUGCCGUCACAACGGCCUGCGCAUCAUUAUCCCGCCGCGAAAGUGCAGCGCGCCCACGCGGGUGACCUGCCGGCUGGUGAAGAGGCACCGCCUGGCCACCAUGCCCCCCAUGGUGGAAGGAGAGGGCCUGGCCAGCAGGCUGAUUGAGGUGGGGCCCGUCGGAGCCCAGUUCCUCGGUAAACUGCACCUUCCCACUGCCCCACCCCCUCUUAACGAGGGUGAGAGCCUCGUUAGCCGCAUCCUGCAGCUCGGGCCACCCGGGACAAAAUUCCUUGGGCCUGUAGUGGUGGAGAUCCCUCACUUCGCUGCCCUGAGAGGGAAGGAGAGGGAGCUGGUGAUCAUGAGGAGUGAGACAGGAGAGAGCUGGAAGGAGCACCACUGUGAACACACCGAGGAGGAGCUCAACCAGAUCCUCAACGGCAUGGACGAGGAACUGGACCCUCCAGAGGAGCUGGAGAAGAAGCGUAUCUGCCGCAUCAUCACCAGGGACUUCCCCCAGUACUUUGCGGUGGUGUCCCGGGUCAAACAGGACAGUAACCUGAUCGGUCCAGAGGGGGGAAUCCUCAGCAGCACGGUGGUGCCUACGGUCCAGGCAGUCUUCCCAGAGGGAGCCCUCACCAAGAGGAUCAAAGUGGGACUACAGGCUCAGCCAAUGAACGUGGACGUGGUGAAGAAGCUCCUGGGGAACAAGGCUACGUUCAGCCCCAUCGUGACCCUGGAGCCCCGGAGGAGGAAGUUCCAUAAACCCAUAACCAUGACCAUCCCCAUCCCCAAGAGUAACACUGACCCAGUGGUCAAUGGCUUCGGAGGGGACCAGCCCACCCUGCGCCUGCUCUGUAGUAUCACAGGUGGAACGACGCCGGCCCAAUGGGAGGACAUUACAGGAACCACGCCCCUAACGUUCAUCAACGACUGUGUCUCCUUCACGACCAAUGUGUCGGCCAGGUUCUGGCUGAUAGACUGUCGGCAGGCGCAGGAGUCAGUAAACUUCUCCACUUCGGUCUACAGGGAGAUCAUCUGUGUUCCUUACAUGGCCAAGUUCGUCAUCUUCGCCAAGACCCACGACCCCAUUGAAGCGCGGCUCCGCUGCUUCUGCAUGACUGACGACAAGAUGGACAAGACCCUCGAGCAACAGGAGAACUUCACAGAGGUGGCCAGGAGCAGAGACGUAGAGGUCCUGGAGGGUAAACCCAUCUAUGCAGACUGCUUUGGCAAUCUGGUCCCUCUCACCAAGAGUGGCCAGCACCAUCUCUUCAGCUUCUUUGCCUUCAAAGAGAACAGGCUGGCACUCUUCAUCAAGAUCCGAGACAACACUCAGGAUCCAUGUGGCCGUCUGUCCUUUAUGAAAGAGCCCAGGUCUUAUAGAAGUCUGGCCCACAACGCUAUAUGCAACCUGAACAUCACACUACCAUCCUACUCAAAGGAAUCUGAUUCAGACCAAGAGGCUGAGGAAGAGAUCAGCAGGAAGCUGGAGAAAUAUGAUGAAGACACUACGUCGACGGAGACUACGGUCCGGAAGAGAGAUUUGAUCCGAGAUUCUACGGCUCUGGCCAGUCCGGACCUCCUCUCCGAUGUGUCUGAGAUGAAACAAGACCUGAUCAAAAUGACCGCCAUCCUAACCACGGAUUCUACAGACAAAUCCAGUUCCAUGGAAGGGAGCGGUCUGGAAAAAGGGGCUGAUGAGGUUCAGGGCGAGCCGUUUGAAAUCAUGGAGAAGGUCAAAGAGGAUUUGGAGAAAGUGGGCAAGAUACUUAGGAGCGGAACUUAUGAGGGUGAGGAGGCAAAGGAGGCGGCAAGAGCAGCCAGAAUGAAUGAAGAGUGGGUCCUCCUCUCAGACUGUGAGAUAGAAGAGGCCAAACAUAUGGCUGCCUUAGAACCCCAGGAACCAAUACUACGUGAAGUCAGAGUCAACAGAGGGAUUCCCAGACCUAAAGCAAUCAAAGAUGUGUCUGGGAUGGUCAAACACCUGAGUGGUGAACUCAAAGAAUAUCUCCUGGAUGUACCUGAGGGCACCAGUACAACAGCCCAGGAGAAAGAGGUCCAAGAGAAAUUCACAGAGGUAGUCCUGCGCAAAGGCGCAAAAAGAACCAUGACAACAACAAAAACAACAACAACAACUACAACAACAAAGAAAGACAUCAAAACUCCUGCUUUUGACCUACAAAAGCCAGUCAGGAGGAAAGGAAAGGACCAGGAAAAGGUGGAAGAAUCUACCGAUGGGGAUGUUCUCCUGAGCGCACCCAAAGACCCUAAACCAGUGUCACCUGUGUCCCCAGUAGUAGAGGAGACCCCCAUUGGAUCCAUAAAAGACAAAGUCAAAGCCCUUCAGCAGAAAGUGGAGGCUGAGCAAAAGGGCCAAAAGCCAACUAGCACCAAUCCUUCAAAUGUUGCUGUGGAGAGAAAAAUACCACAAAAGGCAAAAGGAACCAUCCCAAAACAGAGCCCCGCAAAACAAGGCACUGCUAAACAGGGUCCACUUAAGUCCCCCAAAACUGAGUCUGAGAAGCUGGAGGAGACAAUGUCAGUAAGGGAGCUCAUGCGAUCCUUCCAAAAGGGGCAGGACCCCUCAAAGAGAAAGUCUGGACUUUUCGAGCUCAAAACCGUCUCUUCAGAGCAUGAAACAACAGAAUCAGAAUCACAGCUCACUCAGUUCAAAUCCACCAUCAAAGCCACGUCAACCUGUUAUGAACGGGAAGUGUCACUGGAUGCCAUACCUGGCAAGCACCACAGAGAGAGAGACAAGCAAAUUAACCCACCCCGAAAGCACUCCAAAGAUUUUGGUGCUGAAAUCAAGGCAGAGCUUGAGGACAAUCCAGAGUACCAACAGUUUAGGCAGAUCUCUGUAGAGGGUAGUCCUGCUGCCCAGUCAGACUUAACUGAAACCAUAGAGUUUCCGAAUUCUGCCCUCAAUGAUAGCUCUGAUAGUUUAAAACAUGAGGGCGUGGCAGACUCUCCCAGUGCCAGCCUGGGUGAUUUUAGUUCUCCUCACCUGAGCUCAGAGGAUAGCCUCAAACACCAGGGCUUAGCAACUCCUGGAACAAGCCCUGACAGUCUCUCUCUCUCUCCCAAAAACGCUGACCAGUCCACUAAAAACUCAACAGCUGUUACUAUAGCUGUCGAAGAUGACAAGAAAAGUAAGGAUAAGUCUGGAGACUCCGGUGUUGGGACCAUUGAUGACCAGCCAUCAAAUGAAAUAACCCUCCCUGUCUCUUCCAGCAAGGCUGCAGACUACCGCACCACAAGUGAGUCCAUAUCUUUUCAGACGGUCGAGUCUAAGUCCUCUAAACCGAGAAAGCUUACAAAGAGAGUUUCUGAGACUUUAGAGAGCUUCCUAAGUGAUGAGGAGAGCCCUGAUGACAAGCUAGCCUCAGCCUUAGCUGCAACCAUUGCUUCUAGUGCCUCUACCGAGCGUCAAGGAAGCUUAGAACUGCCUUUAAGACAGCAAGACUCGGACACCCUCAGUCCCUUAGCCGACGACUCUUUGACCAUAAGCCACAGAGACUCUCUAGACGAAGGUAGUCCCCUCAUGGAAGACAACUCUUCCCAUAGGACCCCAGACUCUAUCGAACCCAGCCCAACCAAGGAAUCCCCUUGUCGUGACUCCUUAGAGAGCAGCCCGGUAGAGCAAAAAAACUUCCCUCCCGCUCAGCCCAGUGGGUCCUCUAGCCACCCAGAACCCUCCAAAGUCACAGACUACCCCCCAGACGUGUUGCGUAGUAGGCUACUCAGGGACCAGGAGGCUAGUGCCAAUGAUGAUGACAGUAUCGAGCAGACAUUGUCUCAGAUGGAAAGCUCUGGUAAGAGUCCUCUCUCCCCCGACACCCCUAGUUCUGAAGAGGUAAGUUAUGAGGUAAACCCUAAAACCCCCGACCACAUGUUCCUAUCUGUGGUGUCCACACCAGCUGUCAUAAAAGAAGACUCGGAGGAAGAUGAUGAUGAGUCAGAAGCACAUAGGAAAUUCACUCCAGAGGAGGAGAUGUUUAAAAUGGCAGCCAAAAUAAAAACCUUUGAGGAAAUGGACCAGGACGCCAGAACCAAAGAGAACUCUCGAAAAUAUAUCAGUGCCUCAGCAGAUGACGAAGCAGGGGACGAUAGCUUCAAAACAGUUGAACUAGAGUCCACAAAUGAGACUGAGCUCACUGGGGCCAAAGAGACCUCAGAGUUAGCUCUUUCUGUUGAAUCCCUUAUUAAAGUACAACCUCCCUCUCCUUUUCCAGAAGGUGUGCAUGAAGGAGUCCACCACACAGAGGCCAAGAGUGUAGCUACAACGGCAGCAGUGGAGGAAACUCAAUCUGUCUUAGAGCAACAUGUCUCACAAUCAGUUCCUUCACACAAAGACACGGAUGACAAAGACAGUUUAGCUCAAAUGGCUACCAUGUCUUCGAGCUCUGAGGGUGCUGCAAACAUAACCGACGAGCAGAAGGAGGAAAGCUUGAGGAACUCAAGGGGAAGCAAGGAGGAUGAUGGGGGAGAGAAAGAGGCAGAUGCAGGCAGUCUGCAGACAUCUGCUGUAAAGGCUCCCUGCCAGGUAGAGAGUAAUAUAACUGAUGAAUUGAAAGGAGAUUACAGGGGGCACUCAGGAGCCCCUGAGGCAGAAACGUCCUCGACCAUCAUUAUCGGACCAGCAAGGGAAACGUUCAAACCUGAGAUCUGUAUCUAUGACGACACAGAGGAAGACUAUGAGGAAGAGGAACCUCCCAGAACCAAGUCGAAGGGCGUGACCGCCAGCGCGGAGGCAGACCCCUGGAGCGCCAUGCGUGAGGACGACGACGCUUUCGCGGCCCGCGUCAAAGAGGAAGAGCAGAAGAUCCUGGGUCUGAUGGUGGACCGGCAUUCCCAGGGGGAAACCCCAGACACCACCCCAGGAAGGAGCCCCACAGAGGAGAGCACGCCAACCAGCGAGCCCAAUCCUUUCCUCUUCCAAGAGGGGAAGCUCUUCGAGAUGACCCGGAGCGGAGCUAUUGACAUGACCAAACGGACCUAUGAGGACGAGGGCUUUGCCUUCUUCCAGAUAGGAGAGCAGCCUCUAGAGGAGGCGCUGUCUGAACAGGUCAGAGAAGAGCCAGGAGAUAGAGGAGCCCCAUUAGAAAGUGAAGUAGGUCUCAACCUGACUCUAGAAAUAAAAGUGGAGGAAGAUGAGAAACAAGCAAAAGAUGCUUCAGAGGACGAUCAGACAGGUAGUGGGGCUGUAGCAGCCUCCCCUUCUAAAUCAGACGCCUCUAAAUCUAGAAUCCCUAGAAUGGGUCUUUCUGCCUCAGCUAAGACCACUAAGAAAGACAAAGACUCAGUAUCCCCAGUAUCUCCUGAGGCUUUAGAAGUUAAACCAGAUACAAUUGUAGAGGAGACCCCCCUAGAGGUAGAAAAUAGUUAUUUAGACCCAAUGAUAGCUAAUGUUGAGACAGCAGUAACAACUGUCACUCGAUCGGUGUACCCUGAACAGGACCAAGAGUCCUCUGACUCCUCUCCCGAGGAGCAGCAUUCGGUUAUAGAACUCCCCAAAACCAUGGAAAAGACCAAAACCCCAACUUCUAGUGAAAAAGUGAAAAAGAUCCAAACUAAAACCCCAGCUAUGGCUCCAGCCAAGGCUGGCCCCAAAAGUCGAGCUAAAAAUUCUUCCUCCUCUACAUCCCCCUAUUCAGCUACUCCUAAAAAAGAGACCCCCUCUGCAGAGUCAAAAUCAAGAAUACCUGUCAAAGGCAAGGCUAACCCUGUCAAGCCUGAGCCAUCAGUUAAACAUACUGAGUCUUCCCAGGACACAAAGCUAAAGUUCCCAGUAAAAAAGGACUUGAGGAGAAAGUCUGAGACAGAUGCAGGUCUCUCUGCAGUUCCCAAAACCAAGACUUCGUCUUCCAAAGCCAAGAGCUUCUGUGAGGGAGACAAGACAUCUGCUAAAAAGGGCCAGGUUCGUCCCAUGAGCGCUGAUUACUCCACCAAGCCUAAGUCAUGCUUCGGCUUCCAAUCCAGGCUGCCAGUUAGAGGCAAGCUUGGUCAACCAUCCCAGACUUCCACCCCCGCCAAAAAGAAAAGCGAGCCACGCAAGAAGUCCAUAGAGUUUGUUAAUGAGAUUAGUGACGAAGCGGCAAAGCUGGUUGAGAGAUUGGCUCAGGCCGAGAAAGACAAAGAGCAUGAGGCUGCCACCGCUGCCAUCUCGGAUGACGAGAGCAGCGGCAUAGACCCCUCCGUCAUAGAGAGAGAGACUUUUCCCGAAAUGCACUUCCCUACUUCCGGAGAUGUCUAUCCCAUUAGACCCCUGUGGGACGACCCUGUUGACACGCAGAUGCAACGAAUUCCCAACGAUACAAUCAGAAGACAAGAUCCCCAGGAUGAAGCCGAGAGGAAAGAGGAACGGUUGGAAAUAAUAGGCGACCACCUGGGCUUCAGUUGGACGGAGCUGGCUCGAGAGCUGGAGUUCAGCGAGGAAAGGAUCAAUCUAAUAAGGAUUGAGAACCCCAACUCGCUACAGGACCAAAGCCAUGCCCUGCUGAAGCUCUGGACUGACAGGGAUGGCAAACAUGCCACAGAAACUACAUUGAUCAAACGACUCACCAAGAUCAACAGGAUGGACAUUGUUCACCUCAUCGAAACCAAGAUAAUCAAGUCCACCCAGGAGGACGCAUCAUCCCACACCUAUGCAGAGAUUGAGAGGACCAUUGCACUGGAUCACAGUGAAGGUUUUUCUGCCCUCCAUGAGGACAUAGACAGUCCCCGGCCAGGCAGGCGUUCAGGCGGCACCCCCAGUGGGCCAGGGUCCAGGCAGGGGCCCUUCAUGGUGUCAGAGGAGGACCUCUCCUCCAGCAUGUCAUCGCUGCACGAGACGUCAGGGCGGGUGGAGACAGACACAUCAGUAACAGGCCUCCUGAGACACGCCCAGAAGGAGAAGCUGCAGAAAGAGCGCGAGACGACACGUUCUGUGGGCGGUACAUCACAGAGUGGAUCAGAGAAGGCUGAGUCACUACACAUGGGCACUUUUAAACAAGUAAGUCCCUUCUUCACCUUGUACCGCACCUCCCCCUACCAGCUCACCUCUCACGUCCUAGAUCCUGCCUACAACGGGCCCACCGCUCCCUCCUCAUCCUCUCUAUCUGUCAAUCAUUCUGAGAAGGGGGCACCGCGGGGUGCAGAGUGGGGCGAGGGGUCACUCCAGCCCCCCCAGGCUGAAAGUGACAACAAAUGGUUGUUGUCGCCAACGAGUCACCAAGAGUCACCCACUAAAAGUAGUAAGCGUGUCUGUGAGAGCCGUCCGUUGUCCAUGACCGACUUUGGGGACAGUCUGACUGAAUGUGACCAGGCCGAGCCAGACUUCAGUGAGUUGUCUGUGGAGCUAAAGCAAACAGAGUACUACACUUACCUCUCCACCACCUCCGUCAUUACGACUUCUCAGACAACUGAACGGGUUUCUGAGAAGGUCAGUAUUACAGCCGAGCCUAUGGAUUUACCACUUCCUCAGUCUACUCAGCUUCCUCAGGCUUCCGAGGUGGUACGCCCCAAAGAGACAUGUGAGAUAUUCUCAGAGGAUCAUAUUGACGAGGUGUCGCACCGACUUUACAAAGUCCUGUUUGGAUAUGUAGAGAAAUCAACUAGUGAAGAAUCCAAGAAAACACCAAUGGAAUUGGAUGAGGUAGCCGGAACUUACAGAGCCAGCCGGGUUUAUGCAGCAGAUUCCCCUACCUCCAUGCCUUUGAUUGAUGUAGACCAGGCUACUCUUGACCAGGAAACUAUCUCCACUGAGCUUUACCUCAGACCUGUAGAUAUCAGUCCCAUGACCCCAGAGUCUAUCACCUUUGGGGUGGAUUACGAGGCCGUGUUUUCCGGACGCCACCCUCUGAGAGUCUCCGAGUGUAGCCAGUUGUCCCCCACUGAUAUGAGUCCAGUUUCUCCUGUCUUCAGCGACCCUCUGUCAGAUAAGGGUCAGGUCACAACCACCACCCUGAUGGGUCCUGAGUUCGCUUCCAAGUCUGCUACACCUGGAUCUGCAGAAGCCUUUGAAUUCUCGCCAGACUUUAAGCGAGUGAUCGGCGAAUUUGAGAAAACACUCUCUUCAUUUGGGCCAGUUGUCCAAUCAGAGUCCGCCCAAGAAAAUUCGGACCUGGAGUUCUUUGACUGCAAAGAUGAUUUCUCAGACUUCUCAGAGGCAGAGGAUCUGGAGCCAGAGGAUCCUGAGGUCCUCUACCACAUCGAGGAGCCUCCAUCCCCAACCCCCUUCGGAAGCACUCUGGAAACGGGCUUCCUCAAAGGAAGCCAUGUAUGCAGUGCACAGUUCCUACGGGUGGAUGACCAAAAUCGCUUCUCUUUGGGUAGUGAAAGUCUUGGGGACUAUGGCAUUUAUGACGGACCAGAAAGUGAAAGUGAAACUGUACCCACGUGUGAGGAGCUACCCUCCAGGUCGCAGGCAGGGUACGAUGACGAUGAGUAUUCUCUGGAACGGGAGAUAAAUGAGGAGCUAGGGUUGCUGUCAUCGGAUAGCUCAGAGGAGGAAGUGUUGACCACCAGGGUGGUCCGACGCAGAGUUAUCAUCCAGGCGGACGAUCUGCCAGACAUCCCUCCGCAAACAGUGACAGAGGAACAGUACAUGGAUGAGCAUGGAAACAUGGUAGUCAAGAAGAUCACGCGGAAGGUGAUCCGUAAGUACUUCUCUCCAGACGGCGUGGAGAGAGAGGAGGUGACGGUGGAGGGAUCUCACCAGGAGAUGGUCAGUGUGGAGGAAGGAGACGUCUUCUCCAAGGUAGUGAAGAGGACAGUGGUCCGUAGCGAGGGAGAUCAGACCGAGUUGACCUUCUCGGAGCCCUUGGCCCUGGGGGCCACCACGGCCUCAGACUUCGAGUCCGAGCAGGUGCAGGGCCGAAAGGUCAGCAAGGUGGUCAAGACGACGGUGGUGAGGGGCGAGAGGAUGGAGAAGCAGACGGGUGACUCAACGCUGGCCGCAGACCUCCCCUCGGCCAAGGAGGACUUUGAGAAGGCGUUGAGUUAUGCUGGAGGCUUUGGAAAAAUCCAACUUCCUCAUUUAGUAGAGAAAGAGGUUGUGAAGGACGACGGUUCUGUGGUCAAAAGAACCCAGAUGCGUAAAUCUCGUACCCAGAAGAGGACUGUGGUGAAGGACGCCCAGGGUAAGCAUGUGCACCUGGAGCGGCUGGACGACACCCUGCAACCCGAUGCCCUUCAGCACCACCUGCACCUGCUGCUCCAACGCUAUUACAUCUCCCGCUAA